GAUUAAUCGAAAACAGCUGAUCAUAUUUUGGGGGCGGUACUGUUUGCUGUACUGGCUGAUGGGGAUGAAUGAUAUGAAGUACGUUGUUAAGGCCUGAUAAGGGUGUAAUAAAGGUAUAUUGAUUUAGGGGAACUGAAAAUGGUGGUGCAUUAUUUUACGAUGUAUAUGAUGGUUUUUGUUUUAGUGCGCAGGUGUUGUUUCGGUUUCGCUGCAAUGGCUGUGGAUGAUACUGUUGCUUUCCGCGCUGCUUUUCGCCAAUAUUAUAAGGCAUUUGGUGAAUUCGAGGAAGAUUUGAAGCGGUUUCAACUUCAGACGGCGACCAGUUUUUACAAAUAUGACGUUUUGACCGCUGCGUCGUAUAAGAAGAGGUCCGGUCAAGAGCUACCCGAUGGGAUGCGGUACAAAUGGGUACAAUAUCGUUGUGUCCAUUGCACCCGGAAAGGAGACGGUGGCAGUCGGUAUGUCAGCCUCGGUUGUAAAGCGAGCAUAUCCAUCAGUGCUAAGGGCAUUUACUAUGAGAUAGGCUCGCAUUGUCUGGUGCAUAAUCAUAAUUUUCACUUGGGGAAUCCAAGUUUGUACGUGGGUAACCGGCGUCUGACUCCCGAGGCGGAGCGGCAAGUGUUUGAUUUAAUGCAGUCCUUCCGUAAUACCGGAGAAUUGCGAGACUAUGUCCUGGAAAGAUAUAACAAACGACUGAAUCGACAGGACCUAUUUUCCAUCCGCCAUCGCUUAGGUGGGGUAUCUAAGGGGAAUGAUGUAAACGCGGUAGCGGAAUUGUUGAGUAAGAACGGCGCUGUGCGUGUCGAAAGAGAUGGGUCACAAGUGCGAUUCGUAUUUUUCGUUCCUGCUUCAAUGACUUCCAUAGCGGCGAAAUACGGCGACGUACUUCUUGCGGAUGCGACGCAUCAGGUGAACUGCGGUGGUUAUAUUCUUUGGCACUGUAUGGUGAUUGACGGUUUCGGCGUAGGUCGAAGCGUGUUUUACGCUUUAAUGCCCAACGAGACAGCAUGCAGUUACCUGGAGGUUGCUCGGGGCAUGUCGGAAAUGUUGCCCACCACCUUGUCAGCGAAGACUAUAGUCAUGGAUAGGUGCCUGGGUCAAAUGAAGGCAUUUAAGUCAGUAUAUGCACGGAGCACUGUAGUAUUAUGCCGGUUUCAUUUCCUGCGGGACGUUUCACGCAGAUGCCAGUGUUUGUCAAAAGUGAAGAAGGCGGACAGAGUUCUGCUCAAGCAGUGGAUGCACCGAUUGGUGUACACGAAGACGGAAUUGCAAUUUAAGAUGCUGCUCAGAGCGAUAAGGGUUAGAAGCAAAGAGGCAUUCACUUACCUCAGUCGUACGUGGUUGCCCUUCGCAGGAAGCUGGGCAUACCACCGGUUGCGCGAUGUGCGUACGUUGGGUGCGUUCACCACCAACAGAGUGGAAAACGAGAAUAAGCACCUCAAGUGCGGAUUAAGCGAAAGGACAUCGCUGUUGCAACUUUUUGAGGCCGUUGUACGUAGAGCACGCGAUGCGGAAUCACGUUGGACCACGUCACUGGGCAAAUUGCAGAUGUCGAAAUCGCGCACCAGUCCGGCAACAGGGCAGGUGCGGGAGUUGGUUUCCUGCCUUUCUACUUAUGCUGCUGCCAUAUUUAUGCGGCACAUUUCUUCAGAGACGGUCACCUCAAUACGGCCUAACGGCACUGGGUAUGACGUAUUAGGUAAGGGAGACCGAAAGCACACCGUUUUUAUGGGUAAUGAGAUGGCCUGUGACUGCAGUUUCCUUAGGCAAUGGGAUAUGCCAUGCGCACACAUUGUGCGAGUAGCUGGGAUGUUAACCGCAGACGUUACCCCACUUAUGCACAGAAGCCGUUGGUCCAUGGUGGACCAUCAGUUUCCCAUCCCUGAUGGGGAAACCUUCCGAGCGGAAGUUGAACCGAUGCCCUCCACAUCUGCCUCCACGCACGUCGUGUUAACGCGUGAGGAAAAGUUGUCUCGUGCUAACCGGCUGUUCGGUGAUUUAACCGUUGCCAUGACCAGCCUGGGUACAAUGGCAUUCCUUGAGGCAGAGUAUUUCUACCAAAGCAGCCUAAAUACCUUGCUUCGGAGGCAGAGACUGGUGUCCAUUGGAAAUUGUCUCCCUGACAACCUCCACCAGGCGGACGCUAUACCACAGCGUCCACGGCCCAAGGCAACAAAAAGGAAGCAGUCGCUUUCACCUAGGGUGAUGGAAGCCCCGCAACUGUCAACCGAAACGCA